GGACAGCUUUCUGCCGAUCCUUUCCGUCAUCCCCAACAUCUAAAAGCAUCACUCAUUCGGUGUCUAAUCGUUGUGUAGUGAAACAACAGAGCACCUGGUCCGACUUCUCGAAGACUUCCAGUCCUGCCUGCCUCCUCUCAUUGCCUGGUAUUAGAAAGUGGUAUUGUAUCUCACCUUCAAAAUGCAGCUAUUAUCCGGACUAGUGAAAACCACCCUGCCUAACUACUUGGCCGGAUUGCCGAUCCCGGACAGCUUCGGUGGAUGGUUCCGGCUGGGAUUCACGGACUGGCUCUCGCUGAUCCCGCCAACUGCCGCCGUCGGAGGCCUGGUCUAUGUGUCCUAUCUGGCGUUCUGCCCGGAGGCCCGGCCCAAGCCCAGCACCAAGGUGAACCGUAGCAUACGCAUGGCCGAGGCCAAGGUUGUGGACAUGAUCGACAUCGAGGACAUCGCCGAGAAGGCCGCGUUCUGCCGCUGCUGGAAGUCCAAGAAUUGGCCUUACUGUGACGGAUCGCACGGUCCUCACAACAAGGAAUGCCAGGAUAACCUCGGACCGGUGGUCGUUCAGCGUAAAAAGAACUAAAGCGCGUAAUCCAAAGCAAAGCAGUGGGACACUCGAAAGUUCCGAUGGAUUCCAAUUGUGUAAUUGAAUAGUGCUUUUAACAUGCAUCUAAAAAUCAAUACGAAAAUAGAAAAUUACGUGCAUUAUACCGUUAGCGCUAGGAUAUGCAUAGAAUCUUAAUAGGAAACCCAAUUCAAAAAAAAAAAAACGAGAGAGAAAAGAAGAGACGGCAUUCAUACAUCACAUCAUUCUGUUUAUCGAAUUCUUCAUUUUUUUAAUUGUCAUACAUGGUAACUAAAAACUACUUACUUCAAUGCAACAACAACAAAAAACGGUGAUGGCAGAUAAUAACGUCAUUAAGUUCAUUUUUCACUUAAUGUUCGAACUUUUAUUCUUGAUAUUUUUGUCUAACAUCAAACCUUAUGGAAGAGACGUGACUCAACCAAAAACAUACAGCAUGUUUCCUUAAUUAGUACGUACUAACUUUUUCAAUCGACGGUUGACAUAAUAGAAGAGAUACCUUUUACAGGGCAGAUGGUGCUAGAUGAACCGUUAAAACUGCCGAAUGUUCUAAACAUUGUACCGUUUUUUUCUUUCCAAUUCCAAAUUGAUAUCGUGGAUAAUAAAUUGAGCAAGUUGAGUUAUGAA